AUGGAGAUCCAUGUGAUUCUGAAAGCAUUUGGGUUUCUGCUUUUGCUUAUAGUUGGUAUCCCAGGAAAUGUUUUUAUCUGUUUACAACUCACAUAUGUAAGAAUAGUUGAAAGAAAACUCCUCCAGAUCAACAUCAUAUUGACAGUGCUGUGCUUCUUUAAUUUCCUUGUUCUCUUUUCACGUAUAAUACCACAGGCCCUUAACGCUUUAGGUGUUGAGUAUUUGCUCAAUGAUACAGAGUGCAAGCUCGUCAUAUACACAUACAGAGUAAGUCGAGCAAUGUCUAUAUGCAUCACCAGUUUGCUUAGCUGGCACCAGUGUAUUCUUAUUGCACCAAUAAAACAAUUUUGGAUUUUCCUUAAACAAAAAAUAACACAAAGAACCAAGGUCAUAAUUCUAGGUUUUUGGAUCAUUAAUCUAUCUACAUAUCCUUUCUUUGUCUUGAAUGCCAACACUCGGAAAAAUGGAACAACAUCAGUGUAUACUCUUCAUCUAGUCUACUGUGACACAGACUUUUUAAAUUAUACAUCAUACGUUGUCAAUGGAUUUUUUUAUGCCAUACGGGAUUUUCUUUUUGUGGUAGCCAUGACUCUGGCAAGCAGUUAUAUGGUGUGCGUAUUGUUUUACCAUGACAGAAGUAUGAGAAGAAGGAUGAACUUGGACAGAUCUCAAAGGAGGGUGGCACAAUACAAAGCCUCGAGAGCUAUUAUUUUAUUGGUCACCUUAUAUGUUGUACUAUUUGGACUUGACAAUUCAUUGUGGAUCUAUACAUUAACUUUGUCUGAUGUGAGUCCUAACAUGAAUGAUAUUCGGAUAUUCUUAGCAUCUUCAUAUGCUGCUUUUAGUCCAAUACUAAUAAUAACCACCAACCCUAAACUUCGGCUUAGUUGGUUAUUUUCACAAAGACAGAGACCAUAUAAAAUUUCUUUAGAAUGCAAUGGACAAUUGAACUGCAUUACAGAAUGGACAAGCAACAGUGGUUAA